UUACAUCAUUUAUCGUCCUCCGAUAAAACCAAAACUCCGGGAUGCCUAGCGAUAUUCGUCAUCGUCAACGCCAUUGACGCUUGUACACUGCGACGGCUACUUUUUUUUUCGAGCAUGUUAUUGCUUGCGAGGAAAGCUUUGGCCUUGGCGCAUAAUAAGGCUAAUCGUUUGACCACAAGGGAAGUGCAUUGCUUAAGCUCCAUUUUGUUGUCUCCUCCUCUCGUGUCUCUUGACUUGCCCGAAAAUUGGGUUCCUUACUCUGCUCCUCCAUCUCCUGUUCCCUUUGAUAGCGAACAGAAGACUGUGGUAAUAGAUGGUAAAGUUAUCGCCGAGGAAAUCAGAACAAAGAUUGUUAGUGAAGUGUGCAAGAUGAAAAGGGAUGUUGGAAGAGUCCCCGGUCUCGCGGUUGUUUUGGUUGGACAACAAAGAGACUCGCAAACUUAUGUUCGUAACAAAAUUAAAGCUUGUGAAGAAACUGGUAUUAAAUCUGUUUUGGCUGAAUUACCUGAGGAUUGUACUGAAGGACAGAUAAUUAGUGUAUUGAAAAAGUUCAAUGAAGACACCUCCAUUCACGGGUUGUUGUCCUCUCUUGUGUCCCGUGUUGAAACCAACCCCAUUGAAAAUAAAAUUCCUUUUGAGGUUUCCUCUAUCGUAGUACCAUCAUGUAAUGGAAGAUAUCUUGUGCAGCAUCUUGAUGAAGCAAAGAUCUUGAACAUGGUGAGAUUAGAGAAAGAUGUUGAUGGGUUUCAUCCAUUAAACAUGGGGAAUCUUGCAAUGAGAGGAAGGGAGCCGCUAUUCGUAUCUUGUACCCCAAAGGGAUGUGUGGAGUUGUUGAUCAGAGCAGGUGUUGAAAUAGCAGGCAAAAAUGCUGUGGUGAUUGGAAGAAGCAACAUUGUUGGUCUGCCGAUGUCUUUAUUGUUGCAGAGGUAUGACGCAACAGUAAGCACGGUGCAUGCAUUUUCGAAGGAUCCAGAGCACAUUACAAGGGAGGCUGAUAUUGUGGUUGCAGCCGCGGGUAUACCUAAUCUUGUUCGUGGAAGUUGGCUGAAGCCUGGAGCAGUUGUCAUUGAUGUAGGAACAUGUCCCGUUGAGGAUAGUGGUUGUGAGCAUGGUUAUCGUCUUGUUGGGGAUGUAUGUUACGAGGAAGCGUUAGGUGUUGCCUCGGCUAUCACCCCUGUCCCUGGAGGAGUCGGACCAAUGACGAUCGCCAUGCUACUAUGCAAUACUUUGGAUGCUGCUAAGCGGAUAUUCAUCUGA